AACGCUCAAUAAUCCAGCCAAUGAAAACAGUAGCUGCUGAUGUGUUCCACAGGGUCGAGAUGUAGAGAGUCAGAAACAGUCUGGAGAGAGGUGGAUCUGGAGGUCAGCCAUGUUUCUUUACCUCCGCCGCGUAUAGUGUUCGGGUGACGCCGCUUUUUACGUCCCUCAAUUCUACAUUUCCAUCAUGAGGAUCUGGACAUUUAGGAAUGGAUUCAGGAUCCUUCACGUCCGAGUCACGACCCUCCACCGCGUGUGUGUGGCUUGCUGACGUCAUGUCGUGAUAAAACUGCGGGGACAAGGUGAGAAUCGAGGGUCACCAGUGAUGUGUUCGAUCUGACCAGUUCAGAACAAUAGACGCGAGCUUGAAACAGGCCCUGCUGUCUCCUCUGCCUUUUGACGACAAAGAACAUCACGGACGUGGUUCAAGUACAGGAAGCAAGAGCUUGAAAUGGCCGUCUGAACAAAAAGAGUAAAAUAAUCUGCAGGACGAUGAACAGGAAAUAUGAAAAUGGAGCAGAGUUUAUUUCAUGAAAAAUGAAUUUGGAUUGAUGAUGCUACAAAAUAAAUGAUUAUGGAUUGUAUAAAUGUUUGUGUUUCGCAGUAGGAGCCAGAAGAAAUGUUGGAAAGUCCAAACAAAAUGAAAAGAAACCAGUCCGAUACGCGCUGGCUCAUUGUGUUGUUGUUGUCUGGCGCCAUCUGGUGGCCAUUAAACAUCAGCUCACGUUACUGUGUGAGUGGAACUGCUAUUUUUAUUUGACAGAAUCAUCACGUGGUUUCCAGGAACUGUGGCAGAAGGAGGAAGCAACAGUUAAGUUUCAGUUCCGAGUCUGAAGCCAGUUAGUCAUCAGUGAAAUGGAGGCCAGAGUCGAUCUGAAGAGAGACUCUUUCUUCUGUUCCAUCUGUCUGGAUCUACUGAAGGAUCCAGUCACUCUCAACUGUGGACACAGCUUCUGUCAGGUCUGUGUUGAUGGUUACUGGGACUCAGAAGGUGAGAGGAACAUCUGCCAGUGUCCUCAGUGCAGACGGACCUUCACCCCGAGGCCUCUCCUGCAGAAGAACGUCAUGUUAGCAGAGUUAGUGGAGGAGCUGAAGAAGACUAGACUCCAAGCUGCUGACCUCUGCUAUGCUGGACCUGAAGAUGUGGCCUGUGACUCCUGCACUGGGAGGAAGCUGAAAGCCCUCAAGUCCUGUCUGCUGUGUCUGACCUCUUACUGUGAGCAACACCUCCAGCCUCAUCUAGAAGCUCCGGCCUUCAGGAGACACAAGCUGGUCCAGCCGUCCAAGCAGCUCCAGGAGAUCCUCUGCCCUCAACACGAUGAGGAGAAGAAGAUGUUCUGUCGUACUGAUCAGCAGGUCAUCUGUCACCUCUGUGCUGUGGACCAACACAAAGACCAUCACAUUGUCUCGGCCGCAGCAGAGAGAAGAGAGCGAGAGAAAGAGGUGGAUCAGAGUCGAGGAAGGAUCCAGCAGAGGAUCCAGGAGAGACAGGAAGGGCUGAAGCUGCUUCAGCAGGAGCAGAAGACCAUCAGAGACUCUGCUGAUAAAGCAGUGAAGGACAGUCAGGUGAUCCUCCAGCAGAUGAUCCAGGACCUCCAGAGAAGAAUGUCUGAUGUGGAGCAGCAGAUCAGAUCCCGGCAGGAGACUGAAGCCACUGGAGUCCGAGGACUUCAGGAGCAGCUGGAGCAGGAGAUCGCUGAGCUGAAGAAGAAGGAUGCUGAGCUGCAGCAGCUGUCACUCACCGACAGUCACUUGGUCUUUCUCCAGAACUGGUCCUCAGUCUCAGAGGUCAGUGAGGACACGCUCUCCUCCAGGACCCACGUCCGUCCUCACUGCUGCUUUGAGGAAGUGUCAGCAGCCGUGUCAGCCAGCAGAGAGCGACUCCAGGACCUUCUGAGAGACACCUGCACCAACAUCUCACUCAUGCUCAAGCCACAGACCAGAGCUGAGUUCCUCAGGUUCUCACAGGACAUCACUCUGGAUCCAAACACUGCUCACUCAUGGUUGUUGUUGUCUGAAGGAAACAGGAAAGUGAGAGACAUGGGGAAAGAUCAGUCUCCUCCUCCUCAUCCAGACAGAUUCAUCGAUAACGCUGAGGUCCUGAGUAAAGAGCCUCUGACUGGACGUUGUUACUGGGAGGUGGAGAAGAUAGGAAUAGUUAUAGUAGCAGUCUCAUACAAGAACAUCAGCAGAUCAUGGGAAGAAAGUGAAUUUGGAUGUAAUGACAAAUCUUGGUCUUUAUGGUGUCACGACUCUGGUUGUUUAUUCACACACAACAGCAUCAGAACUCAAGUCUCCACAGCUCCAUCCUCCAGAGUGGGAGUGUACCUGGAUCACUCUGCAGGUCUUCUGUCCUUCUACAGCGUCUCUGAAACCAUGACCCUCCUCCACAGAGUCCACACCACCUUCACUCAGCCUCUACACGCUGGAGUUGGGCUUGGGAAUAAAUCGUCUUGUGAGUUCCUGAAGCUGAACUAGAGAACAGUGUGAGCUUGUGUAUUUGUUUAUUUCAGUCCAGCGAUGAUCUGUUUAUCACUUUAAAUGUGCAAAUACCUGAAGGGCGAUAUAUAAAAUGUCCUUGUGCAUGAUUUUCAUGUUGUGAUUAUUGUGAGUUUCCCCCCCAUUAUCUUUGGCUGCAUGUCUCUCUGGACAGUUCCAUGAAAUGCAUCUGACUGAGGUCAUCUCUCUGUGUUAUUGUGUGUUGCUGCGUCUUCUCUCUUGUGUAGACACUUGCUGUAUAUACUGGAAAAUCGAAAAUAUUAUAACCAAGCUUUACACUUAUUAUGAGCACUUAUUGAACCUGUAUGCUUUGCACUUUUGAACUUACAAGCAGGGCAUGCUCUAACCUCAGGGUGAACUUGUAAGCAGAACAUGUUUUUAAGCCGAGCUUGCGAUUAUAGUUAACACUUAGAAGAAACGUUGUAUUAAUAGAACAUUGUGGUCUUCACUUAGAACAUAAGUUACAUUUAUCAAAACAAUGAAACUAACACUCAGCAUGUUCAAUGAAUCUAAAACAUCUGCAUAAGACAUAAGGGGUGUCUCUAAUGAAGUUAAAACUUUCCACUAAGGACGACAGCUAGAACACGUAAUGAAAAUUAAAACUUUCCACUGAAGAUGACAAGAACACGUCACCCAUUAAUGACGCAUUGGGGGAUUGUUUAUUGAAAUCAGCAAUGUUGCUAUAAAGGUCUAGGAUAAACUGACCUCUCGCUCUCGCUCUUGUUCCACGCUUUUGGCUUCAUCCGUUUGCUGUAAGGUCUUGUAUCUUAACUUGGGACGGUGCUCUUGCUCUUGCUCUUAGGCCAUUUGAUUUAACUCUUUUUGUUGUUCUCUUAUGGUUUUUAUUAUUGAUUGGUUGAUUUUUAUGAUUAAUUCUUUUGACUUAAUCUCUUUUAUUGCAUAUACUUUGAAUAUAUUUUUUAGGAUCUUUGACUUAAUCCUUUUUAUUGUGUAUGCAUUUUGAUUAUAUGAUUUUUUGACAUUUAUGUAUGUGCACUAGCGUCUGGCGGUGCCUUUGACUUGGUUGGGUAUUAGCGUCUGGCAAUACCCUUGAGUUUAUUGAUGUUUAUUGAUUUUAUUGUUUUUAUUAUCCUUUUUUGAAUUUUAUUGUUUUAUUACCCUUUUAUCAUUUUUGUAUUGAAUUUGAUUCUUUAUUGAUUUUACUGUUUUGUUAUCCUUUUUAUCAAUUUUUUGGAGAAAUACUUUUGACAUAAAAACAAAAUAAAACUGAGUACGAAUUAAGUACUGAAAAGGCACAACGGCAUUGAUCCCUGACUACUAAAGAAUCGACUGGCUCCUGUACUACCAUCAAC